AAAAAAGCUUGAUUAUUUUUUGACCAUCUCUAAUCAUUCCCAUCAAGAUCAAAAGUAAAGUGCACACCGAUGCUUCCCAUGCAAUGAAAAUGAUGAUUUAUAACCUUCUCUAAUCAUGCCAGAGCCCAAAAACUUGAUCUUCAGAAAGACCUCACUUCACUCUUCAAACUUAUAUAUAUUAUUAUUGUAGGCAAUGAAAGAAAUUAUCUUAAAACUCUUGAAAGGGCCUUUAGCUUCUAGCCAAGGUAGAUGAUGGGGUUCUCCUGGAAACUGUUUUAUUUAUUUGGGAUCUUGUUUUGGGGGUUUUCACAACGAUGGAGAACUGUGGAAAGCAAUGGUGGUUCAUUUUCAUGUGGGUAUCCAGCAAUAUACAACUUUGGGGACUCAAAUUCCGACACUGGUGGAAUAUCUGCAGCAAUGUUCGAGAUCCUAUCACCAAAUGGAGAAACCUUUUUUGGACAUCCUGCUGGUAGGGCCUGUGAUGGUCGCCUCAUCAUAGACUUCAUAGCUGAGAAUCUGAAGUUACCAUAUCUUAGUGCAUACUUGGACUCAGUUGGAACAAAUUUCAGGCAUGGUGCUAAUUUUGCAACAGGUGGUUCAUCUAUCAGACCACCUGGUUAUAGUCCAUUCAAUAUUUGGGUUCAGAUUUCACAGUUCAUUCAAUUUAAAGCUCGCACCACUUCUCUCUACAAUCAACUUACCCUCAAUAGAAGAAAUCCUUUAACCAUUAGCAAUCUACCAAGGCCUGCAGAGUUCUCACAGGCUUUAUACACAAUUGAUAUUGGACAAAAUGAUCUUGCUCAUGGUUUCCAAUACACGACAGUAAAACAGGUUCUAGCAUCAAUCCCCGACAUCAUAGGCCAAUUGCCCCAAGUUAUUCAUACACUGUACAAUGAAGGGGCAAGGUUCUUUUGGGUCCAUAAUACUGGUCCCAUUGGUUGCUUGCCGGUUUCGGUUUUAUAUGAAAUAUCAAAGCCUUGGAAUUUAGAUAAGAAUGGAUGUGUGAGGCUUCAAAAUGAAGUGGCUAUGGAGUUUAACAGGCAGCUUAAGGACAUGAUUUCCCAGUUAAGGGCUCAACUCCCUUUUGCUAGAUUCACAUAUGUUGAUGUCUAUUCAGCCAAAUACACGCUCGUUAGCGACGCGAAGAAUCUAGGUUUUGUUGAAGCAGUGAACUUUUGUUGUGGGAAUUGUACGAAAAAGGGGAUGGCUAAUGGAACAGUUUAUGGGAAUCCAUGCAAUCAUCCAUCAAAGCACAUUAGCUGGGAUGGCAUACAUUACAGUCAGGCAGCCAAUAUGUGGGUUGCAGAGCGAAUCCUCAAUGGCUCCUUCUCUGAUCCACCUCUUUCCAUUCAAAGUGCUUGCCAUAAUCAAACAACCAUUUUAUGAUGAAACAGUAGCAAUCAUGGCAUGUACUUUAUUGUCCUAGACGCAACAUAUAUUGAAUAAUGUUUGUUUAAUGCUUAAGCAUGUGGAGAGUUAAGUAAUUAUGGUAUUAUAUGUUAUUUAAAACUUGCUUAAAUGCUGAUAAAUAAUACUAGUUGAAGUUUUUCAUUCAA